ACAUUAUUUGAGACAUUUUAUUAUUUUCUCUCUGUUUAUUUGUUUCAAUAAUGUUUCUCUAAACCAUACCAAUAAAUAUGACUUUAUGAAGUGAAAAUAGUUCCCCCCGUCAAAUUAUUGGAGAUAUAUGGUAGGGGUCAGUUAAGGAAAGGUAGAUACACAGUAGCAAUUCUGCGCGUUGAAACAAACGGAGUGGGAAUUCUCUUACGAGAGUCUGGAUCUCUACACCGGGAGUAAUUGGAUUUGAGAGCACUGAUCCGCUGUCACCGUAUGGGCUGGGGCGCUUUCGGUAAACCCAUAUUCCUGCACCCCGCGCAGUGGCACUUGGCAUCGGGUCCAUCGUUCGCGUGACAAAUCGGCUACAGAGAACAGCCGUUUUCACUCAGACGUUCUGUUAUGACGUAUGCAGACCGUGAUACGGGCACGUAAGCUCCAGACAUGUGGCGCAGCGUAAUUCGUAGCGCUGUCAAAUCUCAAGUCAGCACGGACGGAUACGGUGAAAAUUGUCUACACCCUGGACGCAGACUGAAUAAAAUAACAUUGACAUGGCAGCACGUCCAGACUUCCAACGUGAGGGGAGGGGUGAGAAGAACCUGUCUCCCCUGUCUCGCCUCCCCCAUGAGCGGGUGACCCUGAUGGUGGACGGGACUCACUUUGUGGUGGACCCCGCCUUGUUCACCGCCCACCCUGACACCAUGCUGGGGAGGAUGUUUGGUCCUGCCCGUCACUUCACCCGGCCAAACGCCAAGGGAGAGUAUGAGAUCGCUGAGGGAAUCGGAGCCAGCAUAUUCAAAGUCGUCCUGGACUUUUACAAAGGGGGUAUCCUGCAGUGUCCAGAGGGGGUGUCAGUGUCUGAGCUCAGAGAAGCGUGUGACUACCUCUGUAUUAACUUUGACUACAGUACUGUCAGGUGCCGAGACCUCAGUGCAUUGCUGCAUGAGCUGUCCAACGACGGUGCAAAGCGUCAGUUUGAUGUCUUCCUAGAGGAGCUAGUUGUCCCGAUGAUGGUGUCCAGUGCUCAGGAGGGGGAGAGGGAGUGUCACAUCGUAGUUCUCACAGAUGAUGACAUAGUGGAUUGGGACCAUGACAACCCUCCACCCAUGGGAGAGGAGUACUCACAGAUUCUGUACAGCACCAAGCUCUACCGCUUCUUCAAGUACAUAGAGAACAGAGAUGUGGCUAAAGCACUGUUAAAGGAGAGAGGACUGAAGAACAUUCGCAUCGGCAUUGAGGGGUACCCUACCUGUAAGGAGAAGGUGAAGCGCCGUCCCGGUGGGAGGUCAGAGGUCAUCUAUAACUAUGUGCAGCGGCCCUUCAUCCAGCUGUCCUGGGAGAAGGAGGAAGGGAAGAGUCGACACGUGGACUUCCAGUGCGUCCGGAGCAAGAGUGUCCCCAACCUCAUCACCUCUCUGGGGGAGUCAACACGACCCGCAGUCAUACCCAACCCGCAGGUCGAUGAGCUGGAUAGGCUGAUCAGCCCUGAUCCCCGCCCCCAGUCCCAGGCCCCACCCCCACCCAUCAAUGACAGUUGAGGAGAGGGUAGAAGUUGACCUUGGGUAUAGGUUUUUUGUUUGUUUCCCUAUUGGUUAAGGUCAGGGUUUGGCAAGGUUAAGGUUGCACUGAUACUAGGGCCUAGAUUCAAUCAGAUCAAGCAUUAACCAGCGAUAGACGACACCCGCGUAGCUGAUGUUUUGGAGUGUCGGAGAUGUAACUGGGUUGGAGCUGUCAAAUCAGUGAGCAGCUGCUCUGGUGAUCUCAUGAAGCCACACAGUCCCACUUGUGUUAGAAGUUCAGACCGAGAAUGUGUAGGCUAUAAAGAAAUAAUGACGCUCAAAUUCAUUAAACAAAAUAAUAAGGAUUUCUAUCAGCCUAAUCGAGGUGUAGAUUACAUCUCACAUUCCAGUAUUCUAACUUGUAAACAGGGCUGCAUGAGGUUUCUGUUAAUGCGACUCCAUGCAGCCAAUGGCAAUGUCCGCUUUAGGUAUAACGCCAGGAGUGCCUGUUGAUUUGACAGCUCUAAUGCAGUUCCUCCUCUGACCUCAACGCUGAUCUGAAAGAAUCUAGCCCUAGAUCUGUGUUUUGGGGCAACUUCUACCCGAGGCCGUCAUCAGUUACCACGUCAGCCUGUCUUCCACUCAGGAUGUGUGAGUUUACAGACACACUCAAACAAACCUCCAUGACCAUACAGUCCAACCCAUGUAUGCAUACAGAAACAGAUGCGCAUGAAACACAGACAUGUACACACAUACAUACACACAUGGAUUUGGACAAGGAGGAUGUUUACAGUAGAUAACUAGACCCUACCAGAGUUUAUCUAGUGUUUCCUCAUUUAGAAUGUGUGUGUGUGUGUGUGUGUGUGUGCUCUUUUUUUUCUUUUAUGACGGAUUACAUUUUAUAUGCUUUGUACAUUUAUAUAAAGGUUUCAGUUAAUAUUAUUGUUUAAAGUAUUUCCAUCGUUUUUGUUCAAAUAAUUGGUUCAAGUAAUUUUUGCAGCUGCACGGGACACCGAAAUAAAAUGAUUGAUGGCG